GGAGGAACAUUCCCGCUGAACACAGGAGUAGCAGAGGAUCUGUAACUUUCUCUCAGUACAGUGGAAGUUAUUAUCAGUAAAUUAUUAUUAUUUGUGUGUGUGUUUGUGUGUUAGUUCAGUGUUGUAUUGGAUGAGAGAUUGGAUUAGAUUAGAUUGGAUUAGAUCAGACGGAGGGAUGGCGCGCUGCAGUGCAGUUAUGAAAGCUCUGAUCUUCCUCACAUUUUCUCUCCAUCUUUCAUCAGCAGUCACACACUCUCUACAGUACAUCUACACUGGAGUUACACCAGGAAUAAAUUUCCCAGAAUUCACUGAAGUGGGUCAGGUGGAUGGACAGCAGUUUGACUACUAUGACAGUAAGAUCAGGAAAAUGAUCCCGAAGAUGGAGUGGAUACAGAAGAUCAAUGCUGAUGAUCCAGAUUACUGGAACAGAGAGACACAGAAUCUGCAGGGUUGGCAGGAGACCUUCAAAGUCGGUGUGGAUACACUGAUGCAGCGCUUUAAUCAGACUGCAGGAGUUCACACAGUGCAGUACAUGUACGGCUGUGAGCGUGAUGAUGACGGCACCACUAGAGGAUACAGACAGUGGGGUUAUGAUGGAGAAGAUUUUCUUGUAUAUGACCUGAAAACUCUCACCUGGAUCGCUCCGACACCUCAAGCUCUGAUCACCAAACAGAAGUGGGAGCCUGAUGCUGGUUACAUGUCUUACCUAAAGAACUACCUGGAGAAAGAGUGUAUCGAGUGGUUACAGAAGCACGUGGGUUACGGCAGAGAGACUCUGGAGAGGAAAGUUCCUCCUACAGCGUCAGUGUUCCAGAAACACUCUCCUCCAGAGCUGGUGUGUCACGCUACAGGUUUCUUCCCCAAAACAGUGAUGAUCACCUGGCAGAAGAACGGAGAGGACGUGCAUGAGGACGUGGAGCUCAGAGAGACGUUACCCAACCAGGAUGGAAGCUUCCAGAAGAGAAGCGUUCUGACAGUCUCAGCUGAGGAUCUGCAGAAACACACCUACACCUGCGUGAUUCAGCACAGCAGCUUGGAGAAGGAGAUAGUGCUGCGUGAGGAGGAUAUUCGAAUCCUGAAUCCUGGUGGAGGAUCAGAUGUAGUUCUAAUCGGUAUCAUCGUUGGUGUAGCCGCGGCUCUCCUGGUUCUCGUUGCCGUUGUUGCUGGAAUUGUGGUCUGGAAGAACAACUCUGGUGAGAGGAGGAAGGACACCGCUAACACACACACACACAAUCACACAUACACACACACACUUUAUUCCAGUGUGUAAUCUUGGUGUAUAAUUUUUCCUGUAUUUGGAAGGAGGAUCUUUUUAUUGUGAAUCUGUUAUUGCUGUAAAAUGGGAUUAAUAGGGAUUGGGGUUAGAGGAUUUAUUAUUAUUAUUAUUAUUAUUAUUAUUACUGUGUGUAAAUUCUGGUAGUUUUCUGUGUGAUGGGGUUUGAUGUGAAACUCAGAUUUAAACUGUUGUGUAACACGUCUGGAUGAGCGCAGCGUUACACUCGACUAAUUUUACAUUCAGUACAACCUCGUACACACUUCCUGACACACACACACACACACACACACUGAUUGUGAUUCACUCAGGCUUGAGAUGUAAUUGUGUUUAAAGCGUUUUGAUGUAAACAGUAUCAGUGUGAUUUGUAGUGAAUUUUCACACAGCUGCAGUUGAACAUCAUUAUAUUGUAGUGUGUGUGUUUCAGGAGUGUGUAUGAGCUGCUUUACUCUCUACAUUUCUAAGAUGAUUUAGUGUAGAAUUGAACACAGAUCAUAACGUCAGUACACGAGAGGUUUGAUCGACAUCUUUUACCUUUUAAUCCACUGACAUUUUCCUCACGGGCUGAACAGGAACCGAAUCUCUCCCACAAUCCCUCUGUUCUGUCUGUAACAAUCUGAACCAACAAUAAAGUCUAUUUUCUUCA